AUGGUGAAUUAUUACCAAGUACUAGGGGUGCCUCAAAAUGCUUCUACCUCUGAUAUCAAGAGGGCUUUCCACCAGUUGGCUCUGCAAGUACACCCAGACAAGAACCCAGGAGACAAGGACGCAGCAGAGGAGCGAUUCAAAAAAGUAGCAGAAGCCUAUCAUGUCUUAUCUGAUACCAAGAAGCGCAAGGACUAUGACAGGUCCAGAUGGAGCCGUACCACAUGCGAAAUCAGAGAUGAUGGCAGAGACAAAGUGGAAACCAGAGUGGAAACCAGAGGUGAUGGCCGAGACAAAACCCACUUGGGAGAAGAAAUAGGCUUUCGGAGGCCACGCCACACCUUCCCGAAGGUCACUGAAGACGAAGACCUCUUUUCAGGAGACUGUUGGUUCACUAAUCCCAUGGCUCAAUCCAGAAGAACAACUUCCCCCUUCUUUAGUGUCACCCCCAUCAUGGACACAGGCUUUUCUACAUUUGUGUCACUGGGGCCGAGGUUGGGUACUGCUGCUUCUGAGAUGUGUGUGCCAUAUGUAAGCCAUGGAAUGGGAAAGUUCAAACUGGUUACUACUUGUAGCCAGACAGUGAAUGGUAAGAGAGUUGUCACAAAGCAAGUUGUAGAGCACAUGAGAGGACCAAUGGAAGUAGAAAAUGAACGCCUAUUUCAUCAGAGCCCUUCACGUAGUUGGAAAUUGAUGGAAAAUCCCUGCUCUUGA